AUGGCGAGCUUGCGAGGAUUAUACGGAAAACAGGGGAACGGGAAUGAUCUGCACAACUUUGGGUUCGUUCACUGUCAUCGUUUGACGUCAAACUUUGCGGCUAAUCUUUCAUCAAGGGUGGACUAUGUCGUUCACUACAAGGUUCCGCCUGAAGAGCGCGCCGAAGCAGAGGCAGGCUUUGUGCAACUUAUCCAGUCUCUGAUCAAGGUUGGCCUUGCUGCUGAGGUACGUGCUGGGGAUCCUGGCUCGCUGCUUGUAUUCGUCAAAAUUGCAUCCACGGAGCUUUUGGCGCAACAGGUUUACAGCGGUCGACUACACGACUGGCUUCAAGGAAUACGCACCUCGGGCCCUAGCUCAGAUAUCACCAAAGCCCUGAAAGAGGAGCCAGUAGUGGAAGCCGAGCGACUACGACUGGUUUAUCAGCUCAUUACCAGAUCGGAAAAUGAGGGCGGAGCCGGAAUCAGUCAGGCAAGCUCUAAAUGGAAGCAUGUAGUCGACAUUUUCCCUCUACACGACCAGGCCUUCAAUAAGGCUUGGAUUCAGAAAUGGAGCAAGAAAUACUUGCUAGAUGACGGCGACCUGGAAGAUAUUCGCUCCAAAUUUGGAGAGAAUGUUGCCUUUUACUUUGCUUUUUUAGGAUGUUACUUCAGGUUCUUGGUGUUCCCCGCCGCUUUGGGCCUGGGUGCAUGGGUGUUGCUAGGACAAUUUUCUUUCGUCUACGGGCUGGGCUGCUGUCUUUGGUCUGUUGUCUUCCUGGAAUACUGGAAAAGGAAGGAAGUUGACCUGGCAGUGCGCUGGGGCGUACGGGGGGUUUCCGCUCUUCAACUGCCUCGCGCACAGUUCAAGUGGGAGUAUGAAGCCGAAGAUGCCGUAACUGGCGAGCCUGUCAAGGUCUACCCUUAUGUGAAGCGACUAAAGACGCAACUCCUACAAAUCCCUUUCGCUAUUGCUUGUGUCCUGGCACUCGGCAGCCUUGUAGUCAUUGCGAACUCGUUGGAAAUCUUCAUCAAUCAGGUCUAUGACGGUCCGGGCAAGCAGUAUUUGGGAUUUUUGCCUACUAUGAUAUUAGUCAUAUUCACGCCUACCUUCUCGGCUAUUCUCAUGAGCGCCGCCAAUGCCUUAACGGAGAGAGAAAAUUAUGAUACAGUUGACGCUCACAAAGCUGCUCUCAUCCAGAAGCAGUUCGUGCUCAAUUUCAUGACCUCCUACAUGGCCCUUUUUUUUACGGGUUUCGUUUAUAUUCCUUUCGGCAACAUCCUGCUCCCGUUCCUUGACUUUUGGCGACGUACCGCUCAAACCCUCACCUUUAGCAACAAGCCUCUUCCUAUACAAAAGUUCCGCAUCGACCCAGAGCGGAUUAGUAGUCAGAUGUUCUACUUCACUGUUACAGCUCAGGUUGUCAAUUUUGCAACCGAGGUCAUUGUUCCAUAUGUGAAGCAUAAGGUCUUUGCAAAGGCCAAGCAGUUCACAUCAAAGGGAGCACAGGCACAAGACCACCCCGAAGAAGCUGAAUUCUUGAAGAGGGUUCGCGACGAAUGUCAACUUGGAGUAUAUGAUGUCACGGAUGACUACCGGGAGAUGGUCAUGCAAUUUGUGAACAACUGGAUUGAGCUCCGUUCCGAUGGGCUGAAGAUUGCGAUCAGCUGCAAGCGACCUAUUCCUUGGAGGUCCGAUUCCAUCGGUCCUUGGCUCGAUGCCAUCGGCUUUCUGGCUUGGCUUGGAAGCAUAACCAGUGCCGCCAUAGUGUUUCUUUGCAGUGACGAAAGCCGAGGAGGGUCAUCUCAGAUAACUGCAUGGGCCGUGUUGCUCAGCAUCCUCUUGGCAGAACACUUUUACCUGUUGACUCAGCUGGCAGUUCGCUUUGUCAUGAACAAAGUUGAAAGCCCAGGCAUCCAGCGAGUACGAAGAGAGCGAUACUUGAUGAAGAGGAAGCUGUUGGCGGAGAACAUUGGUCAACCUGCUGCUGAAAAGGCAUCUAUGCCAACUGUUGAGGCCGGAGAGAAGAUAAAUAAACAGGCUCUGGAGGAAGAAGCUCGUCAGACCUCGAUUCGAGGACAUGGGGGUCCUGAAGAAAUCUUUUGGCAGCGUCAGCGAAGCACGGAAGAGAUAAUUCUAGUUGGUCGAAAGAUGAUGGAGCAACAGAUGGCAGCUGAAAGCAAGAAGCAAAGUGCACCCGGUCCCAGCCCUCGGGCAUAA